AUGUCUGAUAACAUAAAUCGAAUCUUUUUGUGGUGCGUACCUCGAACAGUCUCCACUGCGUUGGUUAGAUGUCUCAGCUUUGUUGACGGCCUCCAGGUGGUUAUGGAGCCGUAUUCCAGUGCCUUCUAUUCAGGACCAGAGAGUAAGGUGAAAGACCAGUAUUUGAACUUGAUGGCCCCAACAGAGAGGGACAGGUUUGAAAAAGAUUGGAGAAACGAAAUUCAAGACAUCCAUGGUUACGAUGAGUCAAUCUGCACUUAUGGCUAUGUUAGAGAUGAAAUCUUACAAGCACCUUAUGAAGAUACCAAGUUCUUAUUUUGUAAAGAUAUGGCUUUCCAUCUGGAGGCAAAGUACCACAUGCUUCCAACGGGCUUUAAAUACAGCUUUCUGAUACGGCAUCCUGCCAAGGUUUUCGUAUCAUGGAAGAAAUUACUUACCAAAGCUGUGGGGGAAUCCUUUAAUCAGUCAGGAGGCGGCUUACUGUCCUUGUCUUCCUGCAUGUUUCCUGCCGGGUAUGGUUUCAAGGAGCUUUAUGAGUUGACGAAGUACGUGGAGAAGGAGCUACAUCAAGAGCCUGUCAUUCUUGACAUUGAUGACCUCUUAGCUGACCCACCCAGAAUCUUGUCUGCCUACUGUCACAAGAUCGGCAUCCCAUACAACCCAGAGCUUCUGUCAUGGGCAGAGGGGAGUGAAGCUACAAACAAAUGGGUAAUAUCCAAGGCCUUAAUGCAUGCUUGCAAGUAUGGUACAUUCAGAGAAGCCAUAAAGAGCACCGGGUUUCAUAGCCCUGAACCUGCCCCUGACCUUGAGAGUCUACCUGCAGAUGUCGUGGCUUGUGUGAAAGCGUCAAUGGAAUACUACGAGAAACUUUACGCAAAAAGAAUCAAGCCUGUGACCGAGUCUGGGUCUCAGUCAUAG